ACACACACACACACACACACACUGAGGACUGAAGGGCUCCAGAGGAACAGGGAAGCGGUCAGCUGGAGCUCCUCUGCGGAUCCUCCAUGGCUCAGGCAGCAGGCGCCGCGGACUCGGAUCCGGCCAGCAAGCGCCUGCAUUCCAGGAUGGAGGCGUCGUGUCUGGAGCUGGCGCUGGAGGGUGAGAGGCUGUGUAAAGCGGGUGAUUUUAAAGGGGGUACAGCGUUCUUCGAAGCCGCUGUUCAGGUGGGAACGGAAGAUCUCAAGACCCUCAGUGCCAUUUACAGCCAGCUGGGAAAUGCUUACUUUUACCUGAAGGAGUACGGUAAAGCGAUGGAGUACCACAGACACGACCUGACACUCGCACGGACGAUCGGGGACCGUAUCGGAGAAGGGAAGGCCAGCGGGAAUCUGGGAAACACGCUGAAGGUUUUGGGCCAAUAUGAUGAAGCUGCGGUUUGCUGUCAGAGACACCUGGAUAUUUCUCAAGAGCAGGGAGACAAGGUGGGUGAAGCGCGGGCUCUGUAUAACAUGGGGAACGUGUUUCAUGCUAAAGGCAAACAGCAGCUGUGGGGCGUCUGCCAGGAGCGCGGAGAUCUGCCUCCAGACGUCAGAGAAACACUGCAGAGAGCCACGGCCUUCUACGAGAUGAAUCUGUCUCUGGUGAAGGAUUUGGGGGAUCGGGCUGCUCAGGGAAGAGCUUUCGGGAACCUGGGAAACACUCAUUACCUGCUGGGCAAUUUUGUGGAGGCCAUCAAGUUCCACCGAGAGCGACUUUCGAUUGCCAAGGAGUUUGGUGAUAAAGCAGCCGAGCGAAGAGCUUACAGUAACCUGGGUAAUGCUCUGAUAUUCCUGGGCCAGUUCAGCGCCGCCACUGAAUAUUACAGGAAAACUCUGCAGCUCUCUCGGCAGCUGAAGGACCAGGUGAUGGAGGCGCAAGCGUGUUACAGUCUGGGAAACACACACACACUUCUGCAGGAGUACGAGCGCGCCAUAGACUAUCAUCUAAAACACCUGCUGAUCGCACAGGAGCUCAACGACAGGGUGGGCGAGGGCCGGGCCUGCUGGAGUCUGGGUAAUGUGUAUGUGUCUCUGGGUAACCUGCGGCAGGCUCUCCAUUACUCACGCAGACACCUGGACAUCUCCAGAGAGAUCAGUGACUGUAACGGAGAGCUGACGGCGAGGCUGAAUGUGGAGGAGCUGAUGGAGGCGCUCGGGGUCAAAGAGGACGAACUGUCACCAACAGAACCACACUUUAAACUGCAGGGAGCGAGACCCAAACUCAGCAAGAAGAGCAGCAUGGAGAGUGUGGAGCUGUGGAAGUUCAGCGCUGAGAAGAAUGGAGAUGCUGCAGAUGUGUGUGUGUCGCGCAGCAGCAGGAGUCUUCAGUCAGCAGUGGACACAGAGGACAUCACCGUCAGCGUCACACCCACGAAGCUGGCCCGAGACCCGUCAGAUGAAGACUGCUUCUUUGACCUGUUGAGUAAGUUUCAGAGCAGCCGUAUGGAUGACCAGCGCUGUCAGCUGGACGAAACGCCCGACGGAGAAGAAGCCGGAGCUGAUCAGGACACACUCAAUGACAUGAUCGAUGCCAGUCUGCUGACGUCUCCUCAGACAGAAGAGCUGUUUGACCUGAUCGCCAGCACUCAGAGCCGCCGUCUGGAUGACCAGCGGGUGAACGUCAGUAAUCUGCCCGGACUCAGGAUUACCCACAAUAACCUGGGGCACCUGUGUGGAGACGGCGACCCUCAGGAGCCCAGCGACGACUUCUUCAACAUGCUCAUCAAGUGCCAGUCCUCCAGGAUAGAUGACCAGCGCUGCUCUCCUCCAGAAGGCGGUCCCCGAGCCCCGACAGUCCCCGAUGAGGAUUUCUUCAGCCUCAUCCAGAGAGUGCAGGCCAAGCGGAUGGACGAGCAGCGCGUGCGGCUCCCGGAGGACCAGCAGGAGUCUGGGUAAACCUGAGGAGACCUGUGUGUGUGUGUGUGGGAGACAUGAAAACACAAGUGCCAUCUCAGUAUAUACGCCUCCUGUGCUUUACAGCCAAUCAUCAUUACACUCAAUGUAGGUUUAUAAAGGUUUAUAAUGGCCAGAUGUGGAGGACAUGAGUCUCUUGGCGAAUUUACACAGACAACUACAAACACACACACACACUUCUUACUCCAACUCUCGCAGGAAACAAUCUGCAUUUUUACAUCCUCAACAUACGUCAUUCUGUCUGAUUUAUGAGCCGUUUGGCUAGGGGGACCAAAAAUAAUGUCCCCACAAGGUCAAAAUGUACUGGUAUUGCUAUACUUAUGGGGACAUUUGGUUCCCAGAUAGUGAUGAAAACUUGGACUACACACACACACACAUACUAACACAGUCACAUAGACACUCUCUGAUGAGUAAAUUAAUAUUUUAGGGUUUUCUAUCCCUUUAAAUGUUUUGUGUGAUAAGUGUAGUGUCAGCGUAUAGAUCAGGGUUGCCAAGUGCACAGUUUUCCUGCGGAUGGAUUUUGGCUACUUUUAAUAAUAACAUAGUUAUUCUGCAGGUUAAAGGUUUGCCAUGUUGCAUUAAUUAUAUUUAGAUAAUUGUGCUGAAUUUAUUUUUUAAAAUAUAUUUCAGUUAUUCUACCAACUUAAAAUGUGUGCUAAAAUGAUGAAACAUGCUAAUUUUAAGUGAAUAGUUUUGCAUUUGCCUGCAUCCAUUACAUUCUUAAAGUGAUAGUUCACCUAAAAAUGAAAACACCGGUCACCAUUGACUUCCAUUGUAUUUUUCUCUACUAAGGAAGUCAAUGGUUACUGGUUUCCAACAUUCUUCAAACUAUUUUUUUUUUGUGUUUCAAAAAAAAAAAAAACUCAUAAAAGUUACUUAAAAGUAGUUUCCCUUUUUGGGUGAAUUUUAUUUUAUCUUUACACAUGAAACAUGAGAAACAACUGUGAUUAUAUUGUUAAUUAAAGUAAAAUUACUUAAUUAAGAUUCUGUUUAGGAUAAUAAUACUAAUCUAUAAUGACUUUCAGAAAUGAAACUGUGGAUAAUGUGAUGUAAAAUAUGCAUUUUUAUGAAUGGGAGUGGCAUAUUUUGAGUUUAUUUUGAAAACCUGGCAACCCUGAUGUACAGGCCAAUCAGUGUUGCCAGGUUUGCAGUUUACCUGCACAAUUGGGCUCCUUAGAGUUGUGUUGCAUUUUUAUUGGGUGGUUUACUUUCAUAACAUGCUGCAAGCUGCCAAAAUGUUUAAUACUCAUGAAUACGAAAUGAAAACUGAAACAUUUCUUAAUGAACAUCUGCAAUGCAUACAUGGCAACCCUGAGCAGAUCAUCAGUUAUUAAGGUACUUAAAAGUGUUUAUACAAAUAUGUGUUUUACAAAAUAUCAGAGAAGAUAUGGCUGCUUUUCAUUUCUUUUUUUAUGCAUGUUUUGAAUUGUCAUUCGGCUGCAUUUUUUUCAUAGACCUGGCAACCCUGCAGUAGAAGCCCAUGCUGAAUGCUAAUGUGUGUUCAGUGAAUUCGCCAAGAGUGUUUUCCACACAAAAACAAGCUUCUCAUUGUCUCCCAUUUCUCCUCUGCUGCCUUAAUUAGACCUGCAGACUUGAUUGUAUCCUCUGAUGUUGUGUUUUUGAGCAGUUUUGAUGGGGAUUGUGCUCAUUUACAGUGUUUCUCAGAUGCUGCUGAUGUGUUUUUGACUUUCCUGAACGCAAGUGCAUUUCAGUUUUCAGCUUUACAGCACAUUUUCAUUGAGAACCGUACAAUAAAUGGAGACUUUAGGGCUGCUUCGUUUAUUUCUGCUUCAUUUGAACUCAAAGGCGAUGUUGUAAAUCACAGAAAUGUAUUUAUUGAGUGUUGAGAAACCUGUAAAAAGCAAACAAAACACAUAAAAGACUGUGAAAAGAGAUUUAAGUAUUGUUAAUUGUGGGGGAAACUAUGUAAAUGUGCAGAAAAUCAGUUUUUUAUGCAUCACUGUGCUUUUGAAUCAGCUGAAGCUGCUUCUGGAACGGUUUAAUGAGUAUUCCGUAAGUGAUUCUGAAUCACUGAAUCAUGACUCGGAUCAGUUGAUUCAGUUCAUCAAUGCUUUAGUCAUUUGUGACUAUUAAACAUCACAUUGAUUGCAAUUUUAUGUGGGAACAUUAAAAAUGUCAUUUAAAAUGUAAACCCGCAGUAUUUUGAGCAAGUUUAGCUGUUUUUCAUUCUAUUUUGGCGGAAAGGAAAAUGAUUCACAUGAAUUCACUGCCGUCUUGUGGUACAAAUGAGCAAACGCUGUAAAUGUCUUUUUUAAUCUAAAGAGUGUUGUGAAUCAUUCUUAAAUAUAUCUAAAAAUCCACCUUUUAUGCAUCGCUGUGCUUUGACUGAAGCUGCUUUUGGGUUUUCCCACAUUGAGCGAUUUGAGUUUUCCGCAAAUGAUUCUGAAUCACGGAAUCGUGACUCGGAUCUGAUGAUUCAGGUGAUCAAUGCUUGAUUCAUUUGUGAUUAAUGAACAUCACAUUGUUCGCAAUUGUAUGUAGGAACAUUCAAAAAAGAAAAAUAAGUCAAUUAAAAUGUAAAUCUGCAGUAUUUUGAGCAAGUUUAGCCAUUUUUCCUUCUAUUUUGGCGGGAAUGAAAAAGAUUCACAUGAUCUCACUGCCAUCUUGUGGUAGAAAUGAGCAAACACAGUAAAUGUUUAUUCUUUUUAAUCUAAAGUGUUGUGAAUCAUUCUUAAAUAUUUAUGAAGUUGCUUUUUUGUUUUAAUAAGCUAAACAGCUGAUUCAUAUUGAAGAAUAUGUUUCUCAGUGAUGCAUGAUGCUUGUAACUAACCUUCAUUUUUAAUACUACAAUUAUUUUGUUAAUAUAGCGACCAAAUCUUCAGACUCCAAAUAAAAACAUAACAGGAUGUGUACUAGAUUUGCUUGAGGUUAAAAGUAGAUCUGUAUUAGUUACAGAUAGAACAUUAAUUUAAUAUAUUUUUAAUUCGUCAAGACUGCAAAGUCCAUCUAAUUGUGAUUAUUAUAAUAUUUUUUGUCUUCCUGUAUUAUGAUUUGCCUUCAUGUAUUGUAUUAUUGUGCGAAUGACUCCGAUAGCCUUUUGAAAAGUCACUGCCCCAAUGUACAUAAUGUUUUAUAUUUAUUUUCUGUUCAUGAACAUGGGUAUUGAUCCCUUGCUUUUAAUAAAAUGUUGAUGAAAUUGAUAUUAAA